AUGGCGAGAGCGGCCGCCGCAGGAGGAGGUGGCGGAGGGGCGCGCCGGUGGCUCCCGUGGUUGGGGCUCUGCUUCUGGGCGGCCGGGGCUGCGGCUGCCCGAGGAACCGACAAUGGCGAAGUGCUUCCUGAAUCCAUUCCAUCAGCUCCUGGGACAUUGCCGCAUUUCAUAGAGGAGCCAGACGAUGCUUAUAUAAUCAAGAGCAACCCCAUUGCUCUGAGAUGCAAAGCAAGGCCAGCCAUGCAGAUAUUCUUCAAAUGCAAUGGGGAGUGGGUCCAUCAAAAUGAGCACGUCUCUGAGGAAAGCUUAGAUGAGAGUUCAGGUAAGAGAGUUGUCAAAGUCUUCAUAAACAACAAAAAACAACUCCUGGAUUUACGGAAAAACUUUGAGCAAGAUCCACAAGGAAGGGAGGUUCCCAUUGAAGGCAUGAUUGUCCUGCACUGCCGCCCACCAGAGGGAGUCCCUGCUGCUGAGGUGGAAUGGCUGAAAAAUGAGGAGCCCAUUGACUCUGAGCAAGACGAGAACAUUGACACCAGGGCUGACCACAACUUGAUCAUCAGGCAGGCGCGCCUCUCAGACUCAGGGAAUUAUACCUGCAUGGCAGCCAACAUCGUGGCCAAGAGGAGGAGCCUGUCAGCCACUGUGGUGGUUUACGUGAAUGGAGGCUGGUCUUCCUGGACAGAGUGGUCAGCCUGCAAUGUUCCCUGUGGUAGAGGAUGGCAGAAACGUUCCCGGACCUGCACCAACCCAGCUCCUCUCAAUGGUGGAGCCUUUUGUGAGGGAAUGUCAGUGCAGAAAAUAACCUGCACUUCUCUUUGUCCUGUGGAUGGGAGCUGGGAAGUGUGGAGUGAAUGGUCCGUCUGCAGCCCAGAGUGUGAACAUUUGCGGAUCCGGGAGUGCACAGCACCACCCCCGAGAAAUGGGGGCAAAUUCUGUGAAGGUCUAAGCCAGGAAUCCGAGAACUGCACAGAUGGUCUCUGCAUUCUAGAUAAAAAACCUCUUCAUGAAAUAAAACCCCAAAGCAUUGAGAAUGCCAGCGACAUUGCUUUGUACUCGGGCUUGGGCGCUGCCGUCGUGGCCGUUGCUGUCCUGGUCAUUGGCGUCACCCUUUAUAGACGGAGCCAGAGUGACUAUGGCGUGGACGUCAUUGACUCUUCUGCAUUGACAGGUGGCUUCCAGACCUUCAACUUCAAAACAGUCCAUCAAGGUAACUCCCUGCUCCUGAACUCCUCCAUGCAACCAGACCUGACAGUGAGUCGGACAUACAGUGGGCCCAUCUGCCUGCAGGACCCUCUGGACAAGGAACUCAUGACAGAGUCUUCUCUCUUUAACCCUUUGUCGGACAUCAAAGUCAAAGUCCAGAGCUCAUUCAUGGUUUCCCUGGGAGUGUCUGAAAGAGCCGAGUACCAUGGCAAGAAUCAUUCCGGAACUUUUCCCCAUGGAAACAACCGUAGCUUUAGUACAAUGCAUCCCAGAAAUAGAACGCCAUACAUCCAAAAUCUGUCAUCACUUCCCACAAGGACAGAACUAAGGACAACUGGUGUUUUUGGCCAUUUAGGGGGGCGCUUAGUAAUGCCAAAUACAGGGGUGAGUUUACUCAUACCACAUGGCGCCAUCCCUGAGGAGAAUUCUUGGGAGAUUUAUAUGUCCAUCAACCAAGGUGAACCCAGCCUCCAGUCUGAUGGCUCUGAGGUGCUCCUGAGUCCUGAAGUCACCUGUGGACCCCCAGACAUGAUAGUCACCACUCCCUUUGCACUGACCAUACCACACUGUGCAGAUGUCAGCUCUGAGCACUGGAAUAUCCAUUUAAAGAAGAGGACACAGCAGGGCAAGUGGGAGGAGGUGAUGUCAGUAGAGGAUGAAUCGACAUCCUGUUACUGCCUUUUGGACCCCUUUGCGUGCCAUGUGCUCCUAGACAGCUUUGGGACCUAUGCCCUCACUGGAGAACCAAUCACAGACUGUGCCGUGAAGCAACUCAAGGUGGCAGUUUUUGGCUGCAUGUCCUGUAACUCCCUGGAUUACAACUUGAGAGUUUAUUGUGUGGACAAUACUCCUUGUGCAUUUCAGGAAGUGGUUUCAGAUGAAAGGCAUCAAGGUGGACAACUACUGGAAGAACCAAAGUUGCUGCACUUCAAAGGGAACACCUUUAGUCUUCAGAUCUCUGUCCUCGAUAUCCCGCCAUUUCUCUGGAGAAUUAAACCAUUCACUGCAUGCCAGGAAGUCCCGUUCUCCCGCGUGUGGUGCAGUAACCGGCAGCCCCUGCACUGUGCCUUCUCCCUUGAGCGCUACACGCCCACCACCACCCAGCUGUCUUGCAAAAUCUGCAUCCGGCAGCUCAAAGGCCAUGAACAGAUCCUCCAAGUGCAGACAUCAAUCCUAGAGAGUGAAAGAGAAACCAUCACUUUCUUUGCACAAGAGGACAGCACUUUCCCUGCACAGACUGGCCCCAAAGCCUUCAAAAUUCCCUACUCCAUCAGACAACGAAUUUGUGCUACAUUUGAUACCCCUAAUGCCAAAGGCAAGGACUGGCAGAUGUUAGCACAGAAAAACAGCAUCAACAGGAAUUUAUCUUAUUUUGCUACACAAAGUAGCCCAUCUGCUGUCAUUUUGAACCUGUGGGAAGCUCGUCAUCAGCACGAUGGUGAUCUUGACUCCCUGGCCUGUGCCCUUGAAGAGAUUGGGAGGACACACAUGAAACUCUCAAACAUUACCGAAUCCCAGCUCGAUGAAGCCGACUUCAACUACAGCAGGCAAAAUGGACUGUAG